CGCUUGCACCCUGCAAGCUGCAGCUGCCCCCUCUCGCCCACCCGCGUGCCCAGCCGCAGCCCCAGGAGCCAGGAGGGCCUCCAGCGGGGUGCAGGGGCUGGGGCAGGCAGCCUGCGGGGGAAAGCUGGCUGCAGCCGUCAUCGGAGCCGCAGAAACCCAGCCUUCCCCCUGCAUGUGCAGCCCAGAGCCUCUGUAACUCCACCUCGGAGCCGGCUCGUCCUCGCGCGCAGGGAGCAGCCAGCUGCGGAGAUCAUGGGAGGGACGUCGCGGCUCGGCCCCAAGGAGUGCCGCUUUCUGGACGCAGAAGCAUCCAAGACCCGAAAGAAGACCUGCACCAGGUACAAGAUCUGUGGACUGCUCUUCAGCGUGCUGGUCAUUUCUCUGAUUCUCAUAUUUUUCGGUGUCAAAUACCUCUGGAACCCAACACCCAGAAAAGUCUACGACGUGGAGCACACCUUCUUCAGCCAUGGCGAGAAGAAGAAGAUUGUGAUGGAGAUUGACCCGCUGGCCAGGACGGAGACCUUCAGGAGUGGGAAUGGCAGUGAGGAAAUCCUGGAGAUUCACGACUUCAAGAACGGAAUAACUGGCAUCUUCUUUGUGGGGCUUCAAAAAUGCUUCAUCAAAACUCAGACAAAAGUCAUACCUGAGACUACAGAGGCCAAGAUCCCUGAACUCGAGGGAGAAGAAAUCACCACCACCUACUUUGAACAGUCCAUGGUCUGGGUGCCUGGCGAAAAGCCCAUUCAGAACAAGGAAUUCCUGAAGAGCUCCAAGAUUUUUGACAUCUGCAGAAAUGUGACCAUCUACUGGAUCCACCCAACGCCGAUAGCAGCUCCUGAGCUGGCCGACCUUGAAGGGGCAGAAGAAGAAGACCCUGAGCUGCUCGUGGACAACCAGAGCUGGCUGGACGGCGGGAGUGAACAGGAGGUGGAGAAGGGCGCACAGCCCGGACCCAAGCGCCGGGCACGGCAGCUCACCGAGGAGGACCUGCCCGUCAACGACUACACGGAGAACGGGCUGGAGUUCCACCCGCUGUGGGACGAGCGAGGCUACUGCUGCGCCCAGUGCCGCCGCGCCAACCGCUACUGCCGGCGGGUGUGCGAGCCCCUCCUGGGCUACUACCCCUACCCCUACUGCUACCAGGGCGGGAGGGUGAUCUGCCGGAUCAUCAUGCCCUGCAACUGGUGGAUCGCGCGCAUGCUGGGCAGGGUGUAGCACCCAGCGCCCGCCUGCCUCCCCGCGAGCCGCCCCGCUGCACCCUGAUGUAGUUGGCAUGCCGGCGGGCACCUGCUCGAGUACCGCAAGCACGUGAGCCACCGGCCACUGGCCACGGCACCCUCCCCGGGCAGCCAGCCCGUCCCCCUGCGUCCUGCACGGCUCCCGAGGGGCAGGGAAGGCUGCGCUCGAGCGCGUCGUCGCCACGCUGAGCGGCAAGAAGCAAACAAUAAACGUCUUGUAUGAGCGA